AUGUUCGUUGCUACGCAGGAGUGGGGCGAAGGUUGCGACGGCGCGGGGAGCGGCGCCGGCGCCUCAAAGCGUCUCCGGGCAGCAUUCCUUUUGUUUUACCACGGGUCGUUUGUCGCCUGCGUGUUGCGCGGCCCGUUCACCGUCUCUGUCGCGCUCGGGGGCGCGCGGCCGGGUGCGAGAGGGAGCUGCGCGGGCGCCGACCGCCUGGGGAGCCGUCGGCCGCCCGCCGCGCGCCCCGCCCAGCUCAGCGCUAAUAAUCAGAUUAUGACAGCCGACCUAGACGCAUCUCUCCAUCGAGCGGCCGUGUCACUCUUCACCCACGAAAGAAAUUUUGACAUUGGCCCUCCUCUC